CUGCACAGGACUUUGGCUUCUUUUCCUUCUGCAGAAAACUCCAAACUCUCCACCAAACAGAAUAAACGCGCCUCCACCAUGUCCCUCCUCACCCACCUGCUGGCGUGUCUGUUCGGGAUGGGCUCCUGGAUCUCCAUCAACGGCCUCUGGGUGGAGCUGCCCCUCAUCGUCCCCGAGAUCCCCGAGGGUUGGUACCUGCCCUCGUACCUCUCCGUCCUCAUCCAGAUGGCCAACGUGGGGCCUCUCUUCGUCACCCUGAUGCACCGUUUCCGGCCCGGCGCCCUGAACGAAACAGCUGUCAUAUACGUCAUCAUCGGCCUGGGCACCUUGGCGACCUUCUUGAUGGGCUUCUUCUGGCAGGAGACCGUUGUAGUGGCGGGUGCUCCUCGCAGCAUCGCCCUCCUUAUUUUAACUUUCUUCCUCGCCGCUGUCGACUGCACCUCCUCCGUCACCUUCCUCCCCUUCAUGAUGCGCCUCAAGACCCAGUAUCUGACCACGUACUACAUCGGGGAGGGCGUGAGCGGCCUGCUGCCUGCUCUCGUCGCUUUGAUUCAGGGUGUUGGGGUGGUCCACUGUAUAAACAGCACCCAGUCUGUCAACCAUACCUUGAACUCCUCUGUGACCUUUGACCUCCAGGCGCAGUAUCAGCCGGCCAACUUCUCCGCCGAGGUCUUUUUCUUCUUCCUCAGUGCCAUGAUGCUGGUGUGCCUGGUGGCGUUCCUGCUGCUCAACUACCACCCGUCUGUGGCCAGGGAGCACCCCAGCGGUCGCUACACUAACGGGGUGAAGGACAAGUCUCAGAGCAACAGGAAGUGGGCGGAGCAGAAGCCCAUGAUGGACCCGUACAGAUCAACGAACCAGAAGCGCAGGAGCAGCUUCGGCACUGGCGCGUACAGCUGGACGCAGGUGUUUUAUAUCUUUGUGAUUCUGGCGUGGACCAACGCUCUGACCAACGUGGUGCUCCCCUCAGUGCAGUCCUACUCCUGCCUGCCGUACGGGAACAACGCCUAUCACUUAUCAGCCACCAUGGCCGCUGUGGCGAACCCUCUCGCCUGCUUCAUCGCCAUGUUCUUCCCUAUAAGGUCAGU